UCAAGGUGGAAGUUUGAAUUGAUCAUGACAUCCUUUGACCUGUGGGGGAGCAGUGAACUAUUCUCCUCUGGAGUAUGGACCCUGAGAAACCUGAUCCACAGGAUGCCGACCACCUCUCCCUCCUCCCUCCACGCCCACCCACCAGCUUUCCCGCCCUUUUCCUCUACCACACCACCCGCCCCCCCCUGUUCCCCGUACCCCUCCCCACCAUGCUCUCCAGGCCCUGGGGUGAAGGGGAUUGGAGGGUCCGGAGGGGUGACCCUGCGUUCUCCAGCCACUCGUCACCUCACCCACCUGGACCCCUGGAGGAGGCAUAGCUGGGAGCCCGGGGCUGUGGUGACAGUGCAGCAGCAGGGGACGGAGCCCAGCGACAACCACAGUGUGAGUCUGGAGAACCUGGACCCGGAGGAGAUGGAGAAGGUUCUGGGAGCGGCACUGGGCGUCCGGCGAGUGGGGAGGAACGCCAUCACUCAGGAGGGCUCCUUGUCUUCCCUCAAGGAGGAGGAGGCAGGGUCCAACCCGCAGCACUACUCCGUAUUGGAGGAACAGUCCAACCAGCUGCAGGGCUGCAGUGCGUCGGCCCCAACCCUCAGUGUGGUGCGUCGCCGCAACCCUCCCAGCACGGCCCCCCGACCACGCUCCAACUGCUACGAGACUUUACCCUACGGUCAACUUGGAGGAUCCACGCAGAGUGUGGAUAGGAACCUGGCUCUUCUGCUCUGGGGGAGAGAGGGAAGCUGGACGAAGGUCACGAGAGACGAGGCCCAGGAGGAGGUGACAGGCGGCCCUUUUGUGCGCACCUUCAGUUUCCUACGCAAGAUGGCCGGCAACCGCAAGAAUAAGGAGAAGGAGCGCAUGAGGGAGAGGGAGAAGGAGGCGCGGGACAGGGAGGCGCGCUACAGCAAUGGGCACCUCUUCACCUCCCUCACCGUGUCGGGGACCACACUUUGUUCAGCAUGCAACAAGAGCAUCACUGCCAAGGAGGCCCUCAGCUGCCCCACCUGCAGUGUAACCAUCCACAACCGCUGUCGAGACACGUUGCCAAACUGUGCCAAAAUGAAACAGAGGCAACAGAAGAUGGCUCUCAUGAGGAACAACUCAGCUCUGCAGAACGUGACCCUUCGUACCAAAACCCCCAUGAUGAGGGAACGCCCCAGCUCCGCCAUCCUCCACUCUGACAAUCUCCGCCAAUCGCUGCUGGGCUCGCGCCGCGGACGCUCCGGCCUUUCCCUCUCCAAGAGCGUCUCCACCAAUAACAUUGCAGGGAACCUGAAUGAUGACUCUCCCUUGGGGCUGCGCAGGAUCCUGUCCCAGUCCACAGACUCGCUCAACUUCAGGAACAGAGCCAUGUCCAUGGAGUCGCUCAACGACGAGGGAGAAGUGUACUACGCCUCCAUGCUGGAGGAAAUGGAGAUUGAGGGGCGGGAUUUUGAGGCGGACUCAUGGAGCAUGGCGGUGGACUCGGGCUACCUGCAGGCGCAUCGCAAAGACAUCAUCAAGAGGCAGGACGUCAUCUAUGAGCUGAUCCAGACAGAGCUGCACCACGUGCGGACGCUUCGCAUUAUGGAGCGAGUGUUCCGCCAGGGCAUGCUGGAGGAGGUGCAGCUGGAGCCGGGCGUGGUGCACGCCAUCUUCCCCUGCCUGGACCGCCUCACUGGCAUCCAUGUCCGCUUCUUGGCACAGCUGCUCACACGGCGCAACCACAGCCUGCAGACUGGCAGCACCUACAACUUCACUAUCCACCAGCUGGGAGAUGUGCUGCUGGAACAGUUCUCGGGCCAGUGUGCUGACGAGAUGAGAAAGACCUACGCUGAGUUCUGCAGCCGCCACCUGAAGGCUGUCAAGCUGUACAAGGAACUGCUGGCUAGAGACAAGAGGUUCCAGUACUUCAUACGGCGGGUGUGUCGGGGUCACCUGUUGCGUCGCCAUGGCGUCCAGGAGUGCAUCCUGUUGGUCACUCAACGCAUCACCAAGUACCCUGUCCUCAUCCAGCGUAUCCUUGACAACACCAAGGACAAUGAAGAGGAGGCCUCCUGUCUGACCCAGUCUCUGACCCAGAUCAGGGAGCUACUCAGCUCAGUGGACCAGCAGGUGAUGGAGCUGGAGCGGACUCAUCGGCUGCAGGAGAUCCGGGCGAGGCUGGACCCACGGGUCGAGGCCAAGGUGAGGGACGGGGGCCUGUUCAGGGGAGGAGAGUUGCUCCGCAGGAGACUCAUCCAUGAGGGAACGCUGCUCUGGAAGACCCCUGGGUCCAGGCUCAAAGAUGUGCAGGUCCUGCUGAUGACCGACAUCCUAGUGUUCCUACAGGAAAAAGACCAGAGGUUCAUCUUCCCUUGUCUAGACAAGUCUCCGGUCCUCUCCCUGCAGAACCUCAUGAUUAGGGAGAUAGCCAAUCAGGAACGAGGGCUAUUCCUCAUCAGUGACUCCUCCCCUCCGGAGAUGUACGAGGUCCAUGCUGCCUCAAAAGAUGACAAGAACACCUGGAUACGCAUCAUACAGCACACUGUCAGCAGUUGUCCUUCCAGGGAAGAGUUCCCACUCAUAGAGACUGAAGACAAGGCCCUUCUGAGACGACUGAAAGCGGACAUCCAGCAGAAGGACCGGGAGGUGCUGGAGCUGCUCCAGGAGCGGGUCACCUUGUUCUCGGACCUGGCUGAGGUGACGGGGGGUCAGGAGGUCAUGCUGCCGGGGGGCCCCAACUCCCGGAACCUGUUCCGGGCCGAAACGCCCCAUGCGCCACUCGGCGAGAGAUUGCUCACUGAUGCCAUCGCAGAGGUGGAUAGGCUGAGUGAGCUACUACUGGGCUCCACCUUUGAAAUGCCUCUGGCCUGCAGUUUCAACGGUCACCCGAACCACACAGGGGCGUUAGUGAUCAACGGUCAGGAGGUGAUUGUCAAUGGAACGCACGGGUCCCCAGCAGCAAAGGACCGGAAUGGGAAUCAGGCUGGAGAUAGGCCCUCAACUGAGGAAGCGUAUCAGAGGCUGGUCAACCUUAGUGCCUACCUUCAUGCCCUCCAGGGCACCGUGAUCAAGCAGGACUCCAUCCUGGAGCUCUGCCUGCGCUCUGAAGGCCCACCAGUCGAAGCCCCGACCACACCCACCGGACGGGUCUGGCGCUCCCUAUCACGUGACGCGGGCAUGGCUGAGGCCAGCACGGGGGCGGCCAUCGGGGAGCUGGCCCUGCUCCAGAGGCAGCACAGCCUCCUGCAGGAGGAGCUCAGUAGGCUGCGGGGUACCGAGGGCCGACUGAGGGAUAGUGAAAAGGCCCGCGCCCAGCUGGAGAGGCAGGUCCGCGACAUGAAGGCCCACAGUGCCACCAUGAUGGACAGUGUGGGAACUGCAGGCUCAGAGCAGGCUCCACCCCUUCGCAGAGCAAGUGAGACCAACGCAGACACCCAAUUGGCCAGCCAGGAGUCAAUCGAUCAUUCGGAAGGGCAUCAUGAUGGCAGUGACCUGGAUGUGGAGGUGACGUCAGAUGAGGAGGAGGAGGAGGCCAAAACAUCACCGCGCUCGGAGAGUCCUCAUGAUCUUCAGGACAUUCCAGAGGAGAGCGAAGCUACAGCAGAACCACCACGAGAGCCUGACGUGUCACACUGCUCCCCUACUCUCAAAAAUAAGCCAAAGAGAACAACAGAACUGAACUUGAAAUAGUCUUCCUCUUUUUACACUUAAAAGGAAGUAUUAUAUUAAUUUUCAAAUACAGUAUAUAUAUCUAUUUGUUUUGUGGCUUUUGCUUUACAGUACACGACCAGCGGCAAUAUGUGACUACGCUAUUCUUUUGUGUUUCUCGCUUGGGAUUAUUUGGAUUUAUACUGCUCCCUUUUGGAAUCGAUGCUGGACUAAUGAGGACCUAUUAAAGUGGCGUGAAUAACAGGAAGGGAGUUAUGCAAUGAUGAUUUUCCAAAGAAGAAUAUGUAGGAAAUGGACAGCAAAUAUAACAGCAGUGAAUGGAUAACCAAACCUGAGGGUUUUGUCUAAGUGAAUGGGACACUGCAUUAAUGAUGGUUGGGUAGCUGCUUCUUUGCAUUAGGAUGUUGGAUGUGGAUGUGAAUAUAGCAGCUUGUGCUGAGACACAUGGAUAUGCACAAACACACACCACAGACACACCACAGACACAAACGGUCAUACAUGCUCUCACACACACAUAUUUGAGUCCAUUUCCAUAAUUAGGAUGAUCUAAUUCUCAACGCUGUUUAUGAUGCUGAUGAUUUGUUUAUUUAUUCUUCCUUCCUUAUUUAAGCAGGUAAGUUAAGACCUCUCAUGACACAGGCCAAACAUUAGAGUGACUGUAUAAGAAUGAGGUUGCACUGUAUUUCUCUCCCCUAAUUACCAUGUUUUUACUUAGAAACCACAUGGCAACAGCAUAAUGACAAUUAUUAUUCCAAAAUAACUUACUUAUCCACUGAUUUGUGGUUCAUUUCCUGCAGGGAUCACAUACGUAUGCUUUAUAUGCUCAAAGUAAUGUAACUCGCUUCGUGGCACAUACACUACCGUACAAAAGUUUGGAGUCACUUAGAAAUGUCCUUGUUUUUGAAAGAUUUUUUUUUUUUUUUUGUCCAUUUUUAAAAUAACAUCAAAUUGAUCAGAAAUACAAUGUAGACAUUGUUAAUGUUGUAAAUGACUAUUGUAGCUGGAAAUGUCAGAUUUUUUUUAUGGAAUAUCUACAUAGGCGUACAGAGGCCCAUUAUCAGCAACUAUCACUCCUGUGUUCCAAUGGCACAUUGUGUUAGCUAAUCCAAGUUUAUCAUUUUAAAAGGCUAAUUGACCAUUAGAAAACCCUUUUGCAAUUAUGUUAGCACAGCUGAAAACUGUUGUUCUGCUUAAAGAAGCAAUACAACUGGCCUUCUUUAGACUAGUUGAGUAUCUGGAGCAUCAGCAUUUGUGUGUUCAAUUACAGGCUCAAAAUGGCCAGAUACAAAUAACUUUCUUCUGAAACUCGUCAGUCUAUUCUUGUUCUGAGAAAUGAAGGCUAUUCCAUGCGAGAAAUUGCUAAGAAACGGAAGAUCUUGUACAACGCUGUGUACUACUCCCUUCACAGAACAGUGCAAACUGGCAAGAGCAGAAUAGAAAGAGGAGUGGGAGGCCCCGGUGCACAACUGAGCAAGAGGACAAGUACAUUAGAGUGUCUAGUUUGAGAAACAGACGCCUCACGUUCUCAACUGGCAGCUUCAUUAAAUAGUACCUCCAAAACACCAGUGUCAACGUCAACAGUGAAGAGGUCGCUCUGGGAUGCUGGCCUUCUAGGCAGUUACAAAGAAAAAGCCAUAUCUCAGACUGGCAUCCCUGUGGAACGCUUUCGACACCUUGCAGAGUUCACCCCCCAACGAAUUGAGGCUGUUCUGAGGGCAAAACUCAAUAUUAGGAAGGUGUUCCUAAUGAUUUGUGCACUCUGUGUAUAUUACUUGAGGAUUCUUCGUCACAAAUACCAGAAAGUGACAAUUGUUAAUAAUUAAUUUCAAGUAACUACCAGAAAGAAUUAUGCUAUUACCAUGUAGUUACUAAGUAAAUACCUGGCAAUAAGGGAGCAUAAAAUAAAGUUUUACCUAAAUGGACAAAAAACCUAAUCCCUAUAUGGUAGACUAUAUAAAAGAAGCAGUCAAAAAAACAGACAUUGGAAGAUGGAACUAAGACAAUACGCCAUGUAAUCCAUUUUGAGAUGCAUUGAGAGAUAGGGGAAAUCAACAACUUUUUGCCAACAUCGGAUUAUAAAAUGGAGUCUUCUCUAUUAAGGACUAAACCAAUGACAUUGGGGACUGUUUUUGAACAACGGCUAGCCAAGCAACCGUUAUAUUUGUCUAUAAAUUCUUUUGAAACUAAAAUGCUUUAUUUGAGACUUUCUUUAUUCUUGUAAUUUCUUGUCAUCUUAAUUUGACUCAUGUACCAUAUUUUGCUGGCUUGCAUAGUGUGUAUCAAUCUGGCUAAAAAUGACAUGGGCAAUGA